UGGGUCAUACUGCGCGCGGCUGCAAGGAGGAGCGUGCUGUUCACGAACGUGUUGAAGUGAAGUGUGUCAACUGCAACGCCGUCGGACACCGUGCCCGUGACUGCACCGAGGCUCGCCGCGAUAGAUUUGCUUGCCGUAACUGCGGGUACGCCCUCACUAGCCUGGAAUGUAUGACUGUGCCGCUGACCUUCAAAAGAGUUUCUGAUCAUAAAGCAUCCGACUGCCCUAACCCUCGCUCUGCAGAAGGUGUCGAGUGUAAGCGUUGCAACGAGGGUAAUGCUAUUCAACCCCAGUGUUAUAUGCGCUUGAAUGCUGAUGCGUAUAUGUAGUCGGUCAUUUUGUGAAGGACUGCCCACAGGCCCCUGCUCCCAGAACCUGCCGUAACUGCGGGUAAGCAUAGAUCCUACUCUAGUUUCUUUUGGCUCUUGGCCUGUAUCUAUGAUCUGACAGGACAGGUCUGAGGAUCAUAUCGUGAAAGACUGUGAUAAGCCUCGUGAUGUUUCCACCGUGACCUGCCGUAACUGUGACGAAAGUAAGAAUCAAUGGUCCAGAUUGUGACAGGACAUAAAGCUGAUGACGAUUGCUAGUGGGCCAUUUCAGUCGCGAUUGUCCCAAGAAGAGAGAUUGGUCCAAAGUCAAGUGUAACAAAUGUGGUGAAAGUAAGUUGGUCGGUGCUAUUAUCUUGAAAUUGUCAUGUUAAUACUGGGUUUUGAGUGGGCCACACCGUCAGACGCUGCCCUAGCGCCAUAGUCAAUGAUAGUGGUAUGGGCGACAAUGACAAUCAAAACACGGCUGCGAAUGACAACUGGGAUACCGAUAACACCGGGAUGGCCAAACAGACGGAAGCACAGCCUACCGAGGAAGACGGAAUGAAAGCGGAUUGGUAGGCGUAGAGCGUGCGGUCACAGCAUGGCGUAAGUGGGAGUGACCAUUUAGCACGAUAUCAGAUGUCAUUGCCCGUAUAUUAUUCGUCCCCAAGUUUUUCGCAUGAGCCUUGACCAGUUUUAGUUUAAUCCAGAGGAGCACGGUAGCUGCGCUACUUUUGGCCGGCGGGACCGGGAAAG